AUGAUUUUGCAUAUCUUUUUUAUAGCUCACCUAAAAUUAAAGAAUAUUUUUAUAAGAUAAAGUUUUACCUUUCUUUUUUUAAUAAUCAGCAAUAUUAAACAAGAAUAUAAAUAAGAUUUUAGUUAAAUGAACUACCUCCCUUUUAGAUUAAGGCUCAUGCUAGGAUUAGCAAAUCCAUUUAAAAUAAAACCAUAGCACUGCGCUUUGAAUGAAUAAAUCUAGCAAAUAGUAGCACAAUUUUUAAUAAAAAAAUAGAUAUCUCCUACUAGUUCAAUAUACAGAUUCAAGAUGAAUGACGAAAGGAAGGUUUUAGGAAUUCAACUAGGAGAAAAUAUUUAAAUCGGUGUUCCUGGAAAUCAGCAAGAAAAUCACAUAGCUAAGGUGCACCCUCUCACUCGUAUAGAUGAUCCAGCAAUUGUUGAUGUUUUAGUGGACGAAUAAAUCCCUGAACAGUAGUUUUUCAGCAAUCUUAAAGAAAAGCAAGAAGUAGUUAUUAAAUCAGAUUAAAAUAAAAAAUUUGUCUACGAUGGAUUUGGAAAAAUUAAAAUAUUUAAUUAAGGUCAGGUUACUCAAAAGAAAGUAGAUUAUUUAGGAAUUAUUGUUUAAGGCUAUCAUAUCAGUAAAGUUUUCAGCUUGAUUGAAGGCAUUAGUACAAAUGGUGAUAAGACUAAUAUCUCUAUAUUAUAUGUUAAUUCAAACCUAGAUGAGUCAUUGUUCAUAGACGAACUCACUUGGUAUGCUGAAGAAAAAAAAAUACAUCUUGGUGUUUUAUUUGAAAAGGUUCCUGACGGUGUUCCUGUUAUGAAGGGUAAAUUUCAAAAGCAUCAUGUUUCUGAUUUUAUGCCUCCUGUGGAUUAAGAGUUCCAUUUAAUAGUUGCCGGUUCUAACACCUUCUAAGAUGAAUGCUUAGGACAUUUGAAAUCUCUUGGAUAUAAGAAUGAAAAUAUUACUUUGUACUGA